ACCUCCAAGGAAAUCAUGGGAUCAACACAUACCAAAGUGGUUGAGAAAAAAGUCGUAAUAAACUUUGUGAAGGUGGAGGCUCCUGCACCUCUCCCACCUCCAACUCCAAUGAAGGUGGAGGCUCCUGCACCUCUCCUGAAGGUGGAGGCUCCUGCACCUCUCCCACCUCCAACUCCAAUAGAGUUUCCUGCACUACUCCCACCUCCAUCUCCAAGUACUGUGUUUGAUAAACCUUGGAGAGAGAUCGACUGGGGAAACAAUGCCAAGCUUCUGAAGGAGUUGUGGGAGUAUAAGCCCCAGAAUGAGGACGUGCGACACAUUCGAGUCCUGGUGUACGGCCCGGUCGGAGCGGGAAAGUCCAGCUUCAUCAACUCCAUUACCACUGCUCUCCUGGGCAGGAUGGCCAUCCCUGCAGCUGUCAACAACGCACAGUCAGAUGAGGGCAGCUUCACUGUGCAGUACCAAACUCACCGGAUCAGAAAAAGGAAGAGGAGACUCCGGGAUUCGAGGACUCACUACCCGGUUGUCUUCAAUGACAUCAUGGGGUUGGAGAGUGACCAAAACGUGGGGGUCCGAGCUGAGGACAUCAAACUAGCUAUGAUGGGACAUGUGAAGGAGGGCUACAAGUUCAACUCCAUGACUUCAAUCUCUCCAAGUGAUCCUUACUACAACCCCCACCCCAAACCUGAUGAUAAGGUUCAUGUCCUGGUCCUCCUGCUCUCGGCCAACUGUCCAGAGACCGACUCCUCCGUGAUUCAGAAAAUGAAGGAGGUCCGACAGACAGCGAGAGAUUUAGGGAUUCCCCAGAUUGCUAUUGGGACACACAUUGAUGAGAUCUGUGAUGAAAUUGAAAAGGAUGUCAAGAAUGUCUACAAGAGCAAGUCUCUAAAGACUAAGAUGGAGAUGUUCAGUGGUGAAGUGGGGAUCCCUCUGAACUGCAUCAUGGCUCUGAAGAACUACAGUGGGGCAGAAAUGAAGAAUAGUCCCGACAUGGACACGCUCAUCCUCACUGCUUUAAAACACAUGGUGGAUUUUGGAGACGACUUCAUUGAAGAGAUGUCGUGAACAGCAAAUGGCAUUUAAGUGUGAAAUAUGGUUUUACUUAUGUUUGGAAUAUAAAAUUUUACUAUGCAAAUUUGUACAAAAAAACAAAAAAAACCAUACAUGGAGCUGUACUUCACAUGGUUCAGUAAUCCUCUGUACAAAGUCAUUUGUCUCAGAGCUUCACCAAACAUUGAGUUUCAAAUUUCCUGAGACUGUGAUGUCAUAGAUUGACGCCCUGCACAGUUUAAGUCAAUAAACCAUCACCAGAUUCAUUUCUGCCUCCAUAUAGUGCUCACUCCAUAGUUUGUGUUCACUGUUGUAAUUCCCUCUGCUGCCAGUAGAUGGCAAGCUGCACCAGAUCAGAGAAUAUUGAGCACUGAGGCUGUGAAAUGAUGUCUUAUU